AUGAAAGUACUUACAUCACUGCCGCACAAUUCGUUGCCUGUGAUUCCACGAGGGGCUUUCUAUGGCUUGCAGAACCUGACAUACCUGGUCUUGACUGAUGAAUCAGCCUUGGAAUUCAUUGCAGAGGAUGCAUUCAAGGGACUCGCCAACGUGAAAACGCUGGUGCUCACUAGGAACGUUGAAUUUGGUGAUCCAUUGGUGGUGAAGAAUGGUGCAUUUUCGGCGUUGCCUCAUGACGUCAAAACGGUUGUUGAUGAUUACAGACUUUGUUGCAACCUCCUCCGAGAUAUACCGGGGUUUAAGAUUACUAACUGCCAGACCACUCAGUCACAGCCUCCGCUAAACCUCUGCGGCUCUCUCAUGCAAAACUACGGACUGCGUAUAUGCAUGUGGGUCCUCGGGAUGAGCGCCUUGUUUGGUAACUUUGGGAUCAUUGUCUGGAGGUUCUGGCAUGCCGAGGGCAGCGACGUUAUGAGGGUUCACUCCUUCAUGGUGCAUAAUCUGGCCGUGUCGGACUUCCUCAUGGGAGUCUAUAUGCUGAUCAUCGCCGCUGCAGACAUCCACUACGGAGAGCGCUACUCUUACAAAUCGAAAGAGUGGCGGUCCAGCGUACCCUGCAAGGCUGCUGGCAUCCUCUCUGUCUUAUCAAGUGAGGCCUCGGUGUUCUUUGUCACCCUGAUCAGCAUCGAGUGUUUCCUCAACCUCGUUUUCCCCUUCAGUCGGUUCAAACUCCGGCCGUCAUCUGCCCGGAUUGUGGUCUUGGUGGCCUGGGCUGUGGCUGUCUGCCUUGGCGUCGUGCCGACCCUUGUCGUGGACCUCGACUCCGAUGUCUACGGCCUUUCCGACGUCUGCAUCGGGCUGCCCCUCACCACCAAGGCGUAUGGAGUCCAGCUGCAGCCCAGUGACAUCGACAACCCUUUUGGGGGCGCCGACACUUUAAAGAUCAUUUCGUCGACCAGCCGGAAACCAGCCUGGAUCCUGUCCAUUGUCCUGUUUCUCGGCGUCAAUCUCUGCUGUUUCCUGGUUGUCCUUGCCUGCUAUGUCGGCAUCUUCGUCAAAGUCAAGCUGUCCGCACGGCGGGUCGGCACAGCUGCGCACCGGGAGCGGGACGUCAGGCUUGCCGUCAAAAUGGCGCUGAUCGUCGGCACGGACUUUGCUUGCUGGAUGCCUGUCAUCAUCCUCGGAAUCCUCUCUCAGACCGGGGUGGUGGAGGUCGGUGCUGAGGUCUACUCCUGGAUCGUAGUCCUGGUCCUUCCCAUCAACUCCUCCCUCAACCCGUACCUGUACACGAUAUAUUCUGCCAUCACUGACCGCCGUCAAAACGCCAAGAAAUCCUCUCAGAAACCUCUGACCAACUCCAAGCCGAAAUCAAAGUCCAUCGAAACGGUCAACUCAUAUCUGUCAGACAAAAGCUCUAAGUAAUAUUUUACUAAGCCUUGAGACCUGACCAUGCACGAAUAUGAGAGCCAAGUAACGCCCUUGAAUAUCAUUACACUGUAGUAUUGCUUGUUUAUGUCUCUCCCUGAUUGCACCUUUACUGUUGCCUACUGUGACAGGCCUAGAUACUGUGACGGGCCUAGAUUUCGGAAACUAUCAGUCCCAUCAGAUACGUGUUUAUCUCCGGUUUCCUGAGAAUGAAACCACUGGUCAUAUAAAGAUGCAAGUCCAUCGCCUAAUACUCAGCUUACGCCAGCAUUCAUUGACAAAACAAAUCCGAACUACUAUAUUGACUGAUCCGAUUUGAAAAAAAAAAUAAAAAAACAACCCGGUAACGCUUUUUGCUCACUAUUUCUGUGACGCUUGGGCGCCAGUUGUACGUGAAUUAUAUAAAGCUGUGUAUACGGCACUAAAGGUGAGUGUUUUUGAUGGUGGAUAGCCAUUCUAGGAAGCACAUAAAGAAGGCAAUUCGGAUUAUUUCAUACUCACGGAGCCCCCUUCCCCCUAUAAUGCCCGAAGCAUUUGUCAAAUAUUGUUCAGAAUAGGUGUUACUGUCGUAGAGGAGUCGCUACUUAAACACAACCUUGAAUGGUGCUACCGACGUUACUGAUGGAUCCGUAAAUGAUCAGUGCUACGAUCGAAAACACCUGGUUUUGUCUGUAACCACUACACGAGUGAAUGAGGUUUUAAGUGGCUUCCCGAAGACGCAAUACUUGGCAAGCAGCUGGAUUUCAACCGUUUGCCUUCUGUUAAUUUAUCAGACUGAUAAAACAAUACAUUCGAUAGAGACCUACUGCAGCUCAAGAAGCUAACCGGGAUCUUUCCACCAAAUUAGCUACAUUAGCGGUUUGAUAUACUGUUGCUAACACAUUGAGUAUUUCUCCUGGAUUCAACGCUGCGAUCUUGAUCGAAGACAAUGGACCAUGGAAGAGAUUGAUGAGAUGAUAAAAUAAUCUAAAAGUAAUAAGAUUAGUUGGAUGAUGCAUUUGUAUUCUGGCUCGAGCAGACUUGCAAUUUACGAAGCUGUUUGGACGAAUGUAGGAUAAUUAAGCGGCUCAUGUGUUCGACUAGUCUGAGUCCAAGGCUGGAUUUGAAUGUUUUAUUCCCCUAUUGUGUAGGCAGUCUCGGGGCAGACGUGGUAAAGAUGCCUGGGCGGUGGAAGUCUCCAUCAACAAGAUGAAUAGUCUUGGCAAUAUUGGUUGUACUACCUGGUAAAUUCUGAGCACACCUCACAACCAUAAAUUAGCUUGAAUACAGAGCGCGUGAGGCAUGAUUGGAAUUUUAUUUGAAGCGCUGCCAACUUUGGCAACUCUGGAUUUGAUUCACCUGGUUCGUAGCGAACUCGCUUGUCACGGACCGGCUGUAUAAGGGGAAUAAAUAUAAAUCCAGUCUUGGAUCGCGGCUAGUGUUCGAACUGAAGUGGAGGUAGAAUUAUUAGUAAUUUUAUGAAGGUAGAAUUCACAUAAUCUAAUGUUUCGCUUAAUGUGUACACAAUCGCGAUAUUGUCAAGUGGAACAUCAAUAUUAACGAUUAAGCUAAGUAUGAUGUAUCUCUUCACCUUGUGAUAUGUAUGUCUUAAACAGCACGCUCAAUAUGGACUGUAUACUAGUUUCUGUACUCUGAGUGUGAGCAAAAGACAACGUGGUUCAAUGUGUAUUAAUUGUGUACUAUUGGGUCGUAUGCAUACCAAGUAGCGUUUGCCUUUACUACUAGUUGUUCAGCAUUUACUUGCAUCUGUAUGAAUGCAAAUUGAACAAAUGCGUUUACUGCAAACGUUUGAAAAAACAGUAUUUACUUUUUACUUUUGUAUAUUUUGCUAGACUAUUAGUUUUUGUAUUAUUUGUUAUAAAUAAGGAGUGAAAGGGAAAAGACAACAUUUGCAAACAUCAAA